CUCCGGCUGAGGUGUUGCUGAGCACCCGCAGGCGCCUGUGUAUUAAUAAACUUGCCUCUUGCUUUUGCAGCCAGUGUUUCAUGUGGUUCACUUUGGACAGGGACUCUGAGGGUCUUUCAUCCCCACUCCAUGGAGAGUCGAUUUCAGUGCCCCUUAUCCACCUGAGAAACAUUUAACAUUAAAGAGUGCCUGCUGGUCCCAGCUCUUGGGGCCCGGCAGGUCAAUCCCAGGUCCGAUUCUGCGGGGGAGGCAGGUUCAUCACUGGAAGAUUCUGAAACACCGAGAACACUGCCGGGAUAGAGAGAGCUAGCCUGGGCACCGGAGCGCCUGCCCAGCCGGACAUCCCGGAGGAAAACUGGAAGUGCGCCAGUAGGAGCGGAAGAGCUUACUGACUCCGGUCGACAGCGGUUCCGGCAUGGUGGGCGGCGGCAGUGGAGUGGGCGGUGGCCUCCUGGAAAACGCUAACCCCCUCAUCUAUGAGCGCUCUGGGGAGCGGCCGGUGACGGCGGGCGAGGAAGACGAGCAGGUUCCCGACAGCAUCGACGCGCGGGAGAUCUUUGAUCUUAUUCGCUCCAUCAAUGACCCGGAGCAUCCACUGACACUAGAGGAAUUGAACGUAGUAGAGCAAGUUCGGGUUCAGGUUAGCGACCCCGAGAGCACAGUGGCAGUGGCCUUCACGCCCACCAUUCCACACUGCAGCAUGGCCACCCUGAUUGGCUUGUCCAUCAAAGUCAAGCUUCUGCGCUCACUUCCCCAGCGUUUCAAGAUGGAUGUGCACAUCACACCAGGGACCCAUGCCUCGGAGCAUGCAGUGAACAAACAGCUUGCAGAUAAGGAGCGAGUUGCAGCUGCCCUAGAGAACACUCACCUGCUGGAGGUUGUGAAUCAGUGCCUGUCAGCCCGCUCCUGAGCCUGACUUUGGCCCUCAGCCUGCACACCAGUGUCCUGGCCUCAGCUUCACCCAAGGCUUAUGGCUUGUUUUCUUGAAUCAUAGAUGAUGAGAAACUAACAUUUUGCAUUUUGUAAUAAACCCUUAAUUUAUAUUCAUUUCCCA